AUGGGAAAUUUUUACCAUUGUGGACUAGUAGCUCGAAGGUACUUUGCCCAGUUGUCAAAUUCGAACUUGGUAUCAAUCGGUAACAAAUGGAACGAGAAAGUGCUAAAUGGUAUUACCAAAUUGAGUAAAGACGACCGGAACAAGAACAUCUAUGUCUUGUGUAUGUUCCCUUACCCUUCAGGUACGUUACAUAUUGGACACUUAAGAGUUUAUACGAUUAGUGAUGUGGUAAACAGGUUUUACCAGCUGAAAGGAUACAAUGUGUUGCAUCCUAUGGGAUGGGAUGCAUUCGGUCUACCUGCUGAGAACGCAGCAAUUGAACGGAAAGUCAACCCUGCCAUAUGGACAAAGGAGAAUAUAGGUAAAAUGAAGGCACAAAUGGGUAUGAUGGCGUCAAAUUUUAAUUGGGACAGAGAAAUAGCAACUUGUGAUCCGGAAUACUAUAAAUUCACACAAAAAUUGUUCUUGGAGCUGUUCAAGAACGGGUAUGCAUACAGAAAAGAGGCUGAAAUAAACUGGGACCCCGUCGACCAAACAGUGUUAGCGAAUGAACAAGUUGACUCUAAUGGUAAAUCGUGGAGAUCUGGAGCUCAGGUGGAGAAAAAGUUGCUUAGCCAAUGGUUUCUUGGUAUAACAAGAUUUGCACAUGAAUUGCAACAUGAUCUGGACGGCUUAGACGGAUGGCCCAGCCAUGUUAAAAGAAUGCAAAAGAACUGGAUUGGAGAAUCCAAAGGUGUGGAAGUUGUAUUCAACUUACCUUCUAUAGACCCAAUCAAAAUUUUCACUACCAGGCCAGAAACAUUGUACAGUGUACAGUUUGUAACACUGGCAUUAGAUCACUCUAUUGUGAGAAAACUGAAAGAAGAAGAUAAUAAUUUACAGGAGUUCAUUCAUCGCGCAGAAAAACUGCCUGAAGACUCGAAAAAGGGUUACAUGUUAUCUAACAUUUUCUGUCAGCACCCGUUGGACCCUAAAAAGACAGUUCCUAUCUUCGUUGCACCGUAUGUACUAGGAAAUUAUGGGCAUGGUGCCGUAAUGGGCUGCCCUGCUCAUGAUCAACGUGACUUCGACUUUUGGAAAGAAAACUGUCCAGGAAAACCCAUGAUAUAUACCGUGUCAAGUGCAGAAGCAAAAAUUGACACCUCUGGGCCUUAUGUUUCCAAGGAUGGCGUGAUGAAUGAAAAUGCCGGUGAUCUCGUUGGUUUAACUACUCAUGAAGCGAGAAAACUAGUAGUCGAAAAAUUAACAAGUCUUGGUUUGGGUAAAGCAAGUGUUCAAUUCAAGUUGAGGGAUUGGUUGAUCAGCAGACAAAGGUACUGGGGUACUCCAAUUCCAAUAAUUCAUUGUGACAGUUGUGGUCCAGUAGCAGUGCCAGAUGCAGAUCUGCCAGUUAAACUCCCAGAACUCGAUGUGCUAUCCAAGACGGGGAAUCCAUUAUCAAAAUCAGACGAAUUUGUUAAUGUGAAAUGUCCUUCAUGCGGGGCUCCUGCAAAGAGAGAAACGGACACCAUGGAUACUUUCAUGGAUAGUUCAUGGUACUUUUUUAGAUUCACUGAUCCUCAUAAUAAAGAACUUCCUUUUGGAUAUGAUAAUGCAUCUAAGUUCAUGCCUAUUGAUUUUUAUAUCGGUGGUGUAGAACAUGCUAUCCUUCAUCUGUUAUAUUCGAGAUUCAUAUCAAAGUUUACAGCUUCAAUAGGAAUGUGGGAUGGUUCAUCGUCAAAAGGUGAACCAAUCAAAAGAUUGGUAACACAAGGUAUGGUUCAUGGUAAAACUUUUGUUGAUUCUAAAACAGGAAGAUUCAUGAAACCAGAAGAAAUUGACAACAGUGACCCUUCGAACCCAAGAAACCGUUCCACCGGUGAGUUGCUGUCAGUCUCGUAUGAAAAAAUGUCGAAAUCUAAGUACAAUGGUGCAGAUCCUGCUUCUUGUAUAUCAGCACAUGGUAUAGAUGCAACUCGUGCCCAUAUCUUGUUCCAGGCUCCGGUUCCUGAUGUCCUCAAUUGGGAUGAAUCUAAAAUCGUUGGUAUUGAAAGGUGGUUGGAACGUAUGCUCAAAUUCUGCAUUUCAUUAUGUGACAAUCGCUCUAUUACUAUUUUAUCUAAAACUCCUACAGAUAUGAAUCAGCAUGAAGUGGCGCUUCAUAAUGGAGUACAAACCCUUUUGUCCUCUAUCACAACGUCACUUGAAAAAAUAUUAUCACUAAAUACCGUGGUGUCCGAUUACAUGAAGUUGUUUAAUCUCAUUGAAGGCUCUAUUAAAUCAUCGAACAUAAGAGAAGGACUCUCUCUUCUUUAUCUACAGAAGCUUACAACAGUAUUAUAUCCCGUGGUUCCAUGUGUUUCCGAGGAACUAGCUUCAAUUCUCAUGAAAAGUGGGUAUGAUUGGAGACAAUAUGAAUGGCCUCUUAUUGAAGAAAUUAAAAAAUCAGAGAUUAUCAAAUAUCAAGUGAUUAUAAAUGGCAAAAUGAGAUUGAUCCAUGAAGAGUCAGAGGACUUUAUUCAAGACACCAACAAAGUAAUUGAAACUUUGAAAUGUCUACCAGAGGGAAAAAAAUAUUUGGAUGAUGUUGUGAUAAAAAAAAUAAUCACAAAGGGCAAGAUUAUCAGUCUUGUAGUCAAACCAAACUGA